AUGGAGGAGGACUACGAAGCGACAGCCAUGACGGCAAACCCCUCGACCACCUCCUUCCGCAUCGACGAGGGCUUUGCAGAGGACGCAGCCACUUUGGACGAGCAUAAUAAUUCAGAGGUCGCACAGCUAUGCCAGUCAUGGCUCAUGACCCGGUCUCACGCAGACCGCGCGGCGAUUGCCGUCGAGUUAUUACGAACGCUGCCUACGUCGUAUCUGUCGAAUAUUGCUAAAGCGAUGGAUCCGAUGCUACAUAUGGACCCCCUGAGCAAGCUGCCGGCCGAACUCAUCAUGCACGUGCUUCGAUACUUGGAUGCGCCGACGUUAUUGACCAUAUCGUUGGCCUCAAAGAGCUGGAGAGAUCGAGCACUGGACACGCCACUGUGGUUGGAUCUAUUCAUAUACGAGGGCUGGCAAAUAGACCAAGCAGCACUCAAGUCGAUCGAGGAGAAGAUCCAUUGGGGCCAGCUCAGUUCGAGGGAGCAUCUUUCACCCAGGAAAGGCAAGGCUCGCAUGAUCAGCGCGGACGAAUCAAGCCUACCUAGGCCGAAGAAGCGGGCAUCUCCUGAUAUAUAUGCCACUCAGCAGCGUCAGGCAGCGGUCGAGCUACCGAACUGGGGCGAGCAGCAUACCACUCCAGAGAUUGCAAGUCCUCCGCAGCAGGACACCGACGAUCAAGAGAUGCUUGACGCCCCAAGCGCCCAGACACCCUCGCCAGCCAGGACCAAUAGACCAAAUAGUCGAGACACAGACGAUGGAAUGGACUUUGGACUAGGUCCGAGCGGCUCCACCAUCGCCGACAUUGGUGUAGGGCAGAGGGAACCCAGCUCUCUGUUCGAUACACAAUUAGUGACACGAGAUGGACAGGACAAAAAGUUGAAUUGGGCAUACUUGUAUAAACAAAAGCACAGGCUGGAAGAGAAUUGGCUACACGGGCGCUAUACUACAUUCCAGCUCCCGGACCCAGCACAUCCAGAAGAAGCGCACACAGAGUGUGUUUACUGCAUACAAUUCUCUGGCAGAUGGCUCGUCAGUGGAAGUCGAGACAAGACGCUCAGAAUUUGGGACAUGGAGACACGACGGCUGAGAGGCCGACCCUUGACUGGACAUUCACAAUCGGUACUUUGUCUGCAAUUCGAUCCGGCUCCGGAGGAAGACAUAAUUGUAUCUGGAAGUAGCGACGCGAGCAUAAUCAUCUGGAAAUUCUCCACCGGCGAGCUGAUCAAAGAAAUUAGGUCUGCUCACGACGAAUCCGUGCUUAAUCUGCGGUUCGAUCACCGUUAUCUGGUCACCUGCUCCAAAGACCACAAAAUCAAGGUGUGGAAUCGGCAUGAUCUCUCUGCAAAUAGUCCGGAUAUUCCUAGGAUCAAAGCCAACACUGCUGAUAUCGAGGUGGCUGCAUAUGUCAUCGACAUUGCCAACACAUUGCCUCAGCAGCUGGACGAUAGAAUCGAGCAUGGUCUGAAACCGCUCAAGGCCUGGUCCCAUCUGCUCACUUUCAGGGGGCACAAUGCCGCGGUCAAUGCUGUUCAAAUACGAGACGACCAGAUUGUGUCAGCCAGUGGUGACAGACACAUCAUCAUUUGGAGUAUAAGUAAGGGACAGCGGGAGAAGUCGCUAACUACGCACAUGAAAGGCAUCGCUUGUGUCCAAUUCGAUGGCAGGCGCGUUGUCAGUGGCAGCAGCGACAACACUGUGCGCAUUUACGAUCCUCAAAGUGGGGCUGAGGUCGCUGUGCUUCAGGGCCACUCUAACCUCGUGCGCGCUGUUCAAGCAGACUUUGCAGAUGUUCCUGGUCAGGAGGCUGAAGAUUUCGACGAGGCGCGCAAGGCGGAGGAGUUGCUGAGGCAAGCCCUCGCCAACCAAGAGUCAGUCGAGCAUGACCGUCACCACGCACGGCGUGUACGUAAUGGUCAAGAGGGAACGUCGAGACCGACUUUCGGUGCUCAGCUUCCACCUGGUGGAGGCGGCAGCAAGUGGCGCAAGAUUGUCUCUGGAUCAUACGACGAGACAAUCAUCGUGUGGCGUAAGAACCCACGGAACGGCGAGUGGGUCGUAGGCCAGACCCUGCGCCAUGGCAGACCCCGAACAACCAGAAGGAACCACGCCCGAAACGUUCCCGCUGCUGUUCCUGUUGUGGCAGCUGCUGGAGUGCCCGUACUUCCAGUCGCGGGUCCAGCCAUCGCACAACCACCGGUAAUUCCGCCGCGGGCGAACGUACACAUCAAUCCGACCAAUAUUAUGUCACAGGCUGUGAACGCGUCUCUGUCAACGCUGGGAGCUGGACUCUCAAAUAUCGUUGGAGCGGCUCGUGGACUCAACGGAGGACAUCAGUUAGGUGGCUCAAACGCAGCUGCUGGACCGUCGCAGAGUGCUCAUAACGCCACCACGACCAGUUGGUCUGCUUUCGCUGGAGGUCAGAUGCAAGUCAACUCGAGCUUCUCGAUCCAUCCCUCUAUUACCAGCUUUCCACCUCUGGGAGGCCGAUCUACGGGCGGAUUUCAACAAUCGAACACGACUUUCCCGACAUCCAUGCCCCCAAUCACCCACGGCGCCUGCUCCAGUGGCAGCAGCACCGGUGCAGCCACCACUGCUGCACCACCGCUCGCGCCUGCCAUGGUACCAGCAGUUGCGGCUCAAGCUCCGCCGCCACCGCCGGCACCCACUGCUAACAGACGGGUCUUCAAGCUGCAGUUUGACGCAAGACGGGUGGUGUGCUGCAGUCAGGAUACGAGGAUUGUGGGUUGGGAUUUUGCAAACAAUGAUCCGGAGAUUAUUGAAUGCAGUCCUUUGUUUUUGGGUUGA